AUGGCAAAGUGCAGAACAACCAACAAGUCACUGAGUAUCAAGGAUAGAUACAACGGAAUCAAGAAGACUCCUAAAGAGGGUAUUCUCGAGACUAAGCACAAGUAUCCCAGGAACGUAUUCAAGAAGUCGUAUGAGAACAAGAUGGUGAUCAAAUACGCCUUGAAGAAUGAGAGAGUUGCGAAAGUCAUGGAGAGAGACAACACGCUCGUGUUCAUCGUGGAUGUGGCAGCAACUAAAUCAGAGAUAAAGAAGGCAGUCGUAGAGAAGUACUAUGCCCCAGUUGUGAAGGUGAAUACGCUGAUCACGUUCAAGAGGCACGAGAAGAAGGCAUUCGUGAAGUUUGCGGAAGAGGGUGCUGCUGUCACAAUUGCAGGCAAAGCUGGCAUUUUAUAA